GAAUGCCCUACAAAGGACAGUGGACCUCCAGAGAAGCCUCCCCCGCCGCCACCGAAGGCAACGACGGCAGCUAUGAGUGCGUCUACCACUGCGGCACCUUCGAUUGCUACUUCGCCGGCAAAGGCGCCCUCAGCAGCGCCGGAGGACUCAUCGUCCUCUUCAUCUACGGUGGCGGCAGCGGGAACCAACAAGAUCGAUGCGGCCAAGAUGACGGAGAUCUUGAAUGAGACCAACAAGAUGCUCAAAGCGUUUCAGGCCCAGUCUGGACCUGAGAGUUCCGGACCCACACCUCCUGCGGAUCCUCUGGCAAUGAUACAACAGCAGCUAGAUGAGGUGCGUCGGCUCAAGGCGAUCACCGUGAAGGACGCUGGAGCCCCUUUGAUUUCCUCAGGUGUUGCCUUCAACAGUGCUGUGGACUGGUACGAAGCCAGGUUGAGUUCAACGACGGUGGCUAUCCAAGCAAGUGGUUCUGAGGAGGAAGAAGCGUUGUUGGAUAGUGGGGCUAGCCAUGCCUACCGAGCUGCUGGACAAGAGGAUAGCGACGGCAACACUCGAAUGGUAGCAGUGACGCUGCCUACAGGUGUCAUGGACCCCUUCACGGCUUUCGGUUGUUCAUCCUCUACAUGGACGAUUGCGGGUCAGGAGUUCAAGAAGACGGUGGCGGACCUCCAACUGCAAGUGAAGGCUAUUCGUGACCAGGGCAAGGCCGGAUGGAGCUAUGACAAGCACCUCCAGUCCCUUCAAGAAGAUGGAGACCGCACUUCAAUGGCUGGGUUUCUUCACACGUCCCCGGUGUUUGCAGCGCUACCGCCAGAGGUGCUGUUGGGACUCCCGGAGUCUGUUCCCAGGGAGGCCAAGGACGGCUGGAAGCUCCUGAAGGGAAUGCCUUGGUCGAGGGCGAAGAGAAGGUCGCUGUUUCAAAGCGAUGGGUGGAUUGUGCACCUGUGCUCUGGAGAUGAGCGCACAAGAGAGGCCAAGCAGCAGGAGAUUAUGAGGCGUGCUUUUUGGUCAAAUUCCUUGAAUGGUGGUGAUGGGAUUGUGGAUGUGGACAUCACGGCGUCGAAGGAUAUGGACCUCCUUCGGCAGGAUGCGGUGUUCAAGGUGCUGGCGUGGGCUGCGUUGGCGGGCAAGGUCAAGGCUAUCAUUGGCGGUCCACCGAGACAUGCUUUUCCAGUAGAUGCGGCCGCUCAAGCUACGUCCCCUCAGCAGAUCAAGGAGCUCAAGAUUGUGGCGUGCAUGCUGAUGUUGUGGUAUAUGGCAGAGGUGGGCCGGCUUAAGGCGUGGAGAGAGGGAUCCUUGAGUGGUUCGCCUGUCAAACCGCAUGUUGGGUUCAUGCUGGAGCAUCCGACUUCAGAGGAGGGCAAGGUGUCCCUCUUCGACCAUCCUAUGUGGAAAAGUUUUGCCCAAGAGGACCUUAUGGGUGAAGUUCCAUGCGUUCUCAACGAUAGGCUGGAGAUCCUGCUGGUUCGGUGUGGCCUAUGGAGUUUGUUGCUCAUGUGGCGGAGGCUCUUCAAUCUUGGAAGGGCUUACGAAACAGAGAAGGCCUUCUGGAAUGGAAACUACAUCUACAACGAGAUCAUCUUCCUUACCGAAGGGAUUGAUGGUGCGGGUGGCUACAAGUACCUCAUGGUGGGCUGCUAUCGUUUUCCGAAGUUGGAGGGUGUGACCGCAGUGAAGGGGGUCGAUGAUGUUAAGAGUUUGGGGCCUGUUCCGGAUGAUGGCAGGGACUGGAUUCUGGAUGAGGAGGAGGCCCAUGAAGUCGAGAAAGAAGAAGGACGCUCUUCGAGCGGUACAAGAGCUCUAUGUGCAGCUUCGUUCCAAUGGAUUUCCGGUGUGCAAGUUGCACGCGACAGGGCUCGCGAGUUGCAAACGGACGCCUUGGAGUCUUGGGCAGCAGCGCGGGACAUUGAAGUGACCCGCACCCAGGGAUCGGACCCAGCUGGAAAUGGAACAGCUGAACGAGCGGUCGGAGCGAUCAAGGCCCGAAUCAGGGUGCUGUUGGGACAGGCCAAGGAACUUAGUGGUGCCGAGGAUGAUGCGGUACGAACGUGGUGGCCGUUCGCUGCUGAGACGGCUGUUGCUCAACAUCAAGCUGUGGCGUUUGGCCGAAAGCUGCCUGCAGUUGCAAGAUUCGGGUCAAAGGUGUUUACCAAGAGGAAGGGCUAUGGCCAAGGUGGACGCUUCGAUUUGCAGCCCCGGUGGAUGAGUGCAACGUAUUUGGGCCCAGCUCGUUCAGUACCAGGCGGACAUUUGGUCCUCACCGAUGAAGGGAUUCGGAGGAAGUCGUCAAUUGUGGAGCUCGCUGGCGCUGUGGGUUUGAUGCCUGGUUUAUGGGAUGGGCAAGAAGACGGUGCAGAAGGUGCUCAUGCGUUGCGUGCUAUUUUGGCCCUGGCUGGUGAUCAAGUGUGUUCGUCGUCCGAUGAGGUGUUGUCUGAUGAUGCCGCCCUAAAGGCCUUGGAGCUUUCAUCUGAGGAGUCUAUGAAAUCCAGUGGUCCAGGACCCCGAGGUGACCUCGCUGCUGAAUAUCUUAGUGAAGGCCGUUUUUCGAUGAAUGAUUGUUUGGAAGUCCUCCAGAAUGAGAACCUCAGAAGAACCAAGAAGCAACGGGCUUCGGCAUGGAAGGAUAAUGCCCCGCCGCCUAUACAUACGACGUUGGGAGCUUACCAGAAGGGUCCAUGGUCAGGGGUCACGACGGCUACGACAAGACACAAUUCUUUGCCUUCCCACUUGAUGGCGAUGUUCCAGCACCACUGUGGGGCAGAUGUCUCUUUUACUUCGAUGACGGUUGCACGAGAUUUGUGUACAGAUGCUCACAAGGAUCGCUUCAACCUGAAAACUUCCAAGAACUACGUGCUGACUGUUGGGAACUUCGUUGGAGGAGGUAUCUGGCAGGAAGGUCAACGAGAAGGUGGAUCCCCAAAGUUGCACAAGACUAUGUCUUGGGAUGGUGGCCCCAAGUGGACGGUUAUCGCGCACACGGUGGGACAGAAAGUAUCGGUUCUGGAGGAGCACGGUGAGAUGAUGUGGACUCGGCGGCUGUUGGAUGAGGAGGAGAACCUUCUUUCGAUGAUCCCCCACGAGGAGGCCGAGAUAGACGCUCUACGCAUCAUGUUGGUGCACACGGCUGCAUAUGGCUGGCUGGUGGCUUCUACAGAUAUCCGGAAUGCCUUCAUUCUGGCACCGAUCAAGGAGGAGGAUGAAGACGAUGAUGCUUCCUACGCCUUGUACCCCCCGAAGGUGUUCCAGCUGGCCAAGGUUGAGUAUGCCUUACGGCUAUGGCGGGUUGACAGAGCCUUAUAUGGGUUCCGGAGGCCGCCGCGCCUUUGGGGAAAGUUUCGUGACCGGCGGCUUCGGGCAGCGAAGAUCUUUUACAACGAUGGCUACAUCUACCUCCGCCAGCACAGGGCCGACGAGAACAUAUGGUCGGCGGUAGUGGUUGCUGCUGAUGGUAAGGAGGAGACACAGGCCUAUGUCAACGUGUACGUCGACGAUAUCCUGUACGUGGGCCUACAGAGCGUGAUAGUGGCCAUUCAUUCCUGGCUUACAGAGGAGUGGAAAGCAUCACCGCUCACUUGGGCAUCAACGACGAGUCCGUUGAGGAAUGGCUUUCUGGGGGAAAACGAGGCGUCGGAGGAGCAGUAUGACGAGCCACAAUUGAGGAGGGCCCAAGCCCUUACGGGGGAGUUGUUGUGGCUGAGCGGCAAGAGCCGCCCUGAUCUCCUUCACACCGUGGCUACUAUGUCCUCCUGGUGUUUGAAAUGCCCAGCCCUUGUCGAGAAGAUAGGCUUACGAGCUCUUGGUUACCUCAAGGAGACGAUUGAUGUUGAGCUCUACUACCGCCCGCGGAGACUGGAUCACUAUGUGGAGGGGUUCAGCGACGCGAGCUUUGCGCCACAUGGCUCCCGGAGUGUAGGCUGCUGCCUGACGAGGUAUUUGGAGCAGCCGGUGGCCUGGCGGUGUGGUCGUCAGGCACUAGUUGCUUUAAGUGGGGCAGAAGCAGAGCUGAUAGAGGCCAUUAGUGCUGCUCAGAUGUCCUAUGGAGUCAUUGCAGUUACGAAUGAGCUCCAAAGCGCGAAGCCUACCUUGGUUUUGAAGGUCGAUAACUCCGCUGCUGUCGGCCUCAGCAGUGAGUCUGCUGGCACGUGGAAAACCCGACAUCUUCGGGUCAGGGCGUAUCAUUUGAGGGAAGCCGUCAGGCUGAAAGAGAUCACGACAGAGCACAUUCCCGGCGUUGGCCAACUUGGUGACCUGGGGACGAAAGCGUUCCAUCGUCCCCGUCUUCAAGAACUUUUGAGGCUGUGGGGCCUACAAGCCCCGGAGGCUCGCGGUGAGCCGGAGCGCUCAAGUUCCUCUGGGAGCAUGGCCAAGUUCAACGGCACGGUUGCAGUAUUAGCCAGACUAGCUGUGGUGCUUGGAUGGCUGAUACAGGUGUCGAGGGCAUCCCCGGUUGAGGUUGGAGGUGGUUUGCAGGUUAGUUUCCCAUGGGAGGACUGGCUAUGGUGGCUUUGGUUGCAGCUAUCGGCAUUUGGGAGGCUAUGA